AAGAAAAAAAGGGUUUGUUUUAGGGACGGCGGGGGUUUCAACGCUUCCGUCACUGUCCCCCUCUUCUCCACCACAGGAGAGAUCAAGAACCAGGUUUCCAAAACCCUCCUCUCUCUCUCUCUCUCUCUCUCGCCGACAAGCGCUCGGAUAUCAUCAGGUCUCGGCAGAACACCCACCACUGCAGAUGCGAGGAGUGCAGAAGCCGCAUUCGUGGUGGUCUCAAUUCUAGAAUAUAUCGUAUAAGCUGCCGAGAUUCCGGUGAAUUUGCCGAGAUGACGACACAUUUGCCAUGUUUUACACCGUUGGCUCACGAAUGUUUCCUUCAGAAUUCCCCCAAGCUUGGUGGCAGAGAAGUAACGGAUCGAUGGAUUGGUAGAAAGGUCUCGGUUGAAAUGCUCGACGGAAGGGAAGGUCGUGUUUCUCGUUUUCCCCGUGCUAGGUGUUUGGCCAAUUCUCACAGAACCAGUCCAUAUGACAGUAAAGACCCUUUCUUGAAUCGUCAGCCUGAUGGUUUCCUGUUGCGAGGAGAGUACUCGGAUCUUACUACGGUGAGCUCAAGGGAGUGGCCUUCUCCGAACGAGUAUAAUGAGGCCAAGAUCAAGGUCAUUGGUGUCGGUGGUGGGGGCUCCAACGCUGUCAAUAGAAUGAUUGAAAGUUCCAUGAAAGGUGUGGAGUUUUGGAUAGUUAACACAGAUGUCCAAGCAAUGAGAAUGUCAUCCAUCUACCCUGAACAUCGCCUGCAGAUUGGUGAAGAACUAACCAAAGGCCUUGGUGCUGGUGGUAAUCCAGAUGUUGGCAUGAAUGCUGCCAAAGAAAGCAAAGAAUUGAUACAAGAGGCUGUCUAUGGUGCUGACAUGGUCUUUGUGACGGCUGGAAUGGGUGGAGGUACUGGGACUGGAGGUGCUCCUAUAAUUGCUGGGAUAGCCAAGUCAAUGGGUGUUUUGACCGUAGGUAUUGUCACAACUCCAUUUUCAUUUGAAGGACGAAGAAGGGCAGUUCAAGCUCAAGAAGGAAUUGCUGCUUUAAGAGACAGCGUUGAUACACUGAUUGUCAUCCCAAAUGACAAAUUAUUGUCAGCUGUUUCUCCAAACACUCCUAUGAUAGAAGCAUUUAACUUGGCUGACGAUAUACUUAGGCAAGGUGUCCGUGGUAUUUCUGAUAUAAUCACGGUACCCGGGCUAGUAAAUGUUGACUUUGCUGAUGUGCGGGCAAUUAUGGCAGAUGCAGGUUCAUCAUUAAUGGGUAUAGGAACUGCAACAGGCAAGACAAGGGCAAGAGAUGCUGCACUGAAUGCUAUUCAGUCCCCAUUACUAGAUAUUGGUAUUGAAAGAGCUACGGGGAUUGUCUGGAAUAUCACUGGCGGAAGUGAUUUAACAUUGUAUGAGGUAAAUGCAGCUGCUGAAGUAAUAUAUGACCUUGUUGAUCCAAGUGCAAACAUAAUAUUUGGAGCUGUGAUUGAUCAAUCACUUAGUGGUCAAGUGAGCAUAACUUUGAUUGCUACUGGGCUCAAACGGCAGGAUGAACAGGAAGGACGGAAUUUACAGGGAGCCCAACUGGGUCACGGAGACAACCUUGGGAUGAAACGACACUCGAACUCUCGUAGUACAGAAGGCGGCAUUGUGGAGAUUCCUGAGUUUCUGCGGAAGAAAGUCCACUCCCGGAGCCCAAGAUUUUGACAUGUCCAUAGUCCCCUCUUUCAGUCAUCUGAAUUCCCACAUGUGAAAUCCUCGCUACUGUAGUAAUCUGUAGUCAGUUCUGCAUCACACCAGUCUUGUUUCCAGUACUUUGUUUCGUAUAGCUGAGAUAAGUAACAUGUGUGGUUCUUUAA